GCUUUGCCGCCCUCGUCCUUUGCUCGGCCUGUUGCCUCGGCUCUCUGCCCCCGACGGCUUGCUCUCCAAUCCACCUUCUGCAGCCAAGCCAGCCCUUCCCGCCAUGCAGGAUACCAUCCACGACACCUACAACUCGGUACACGCCGUCUUCCACUCGUUCCGCGAGUACCUCAACCCGCUCCUCAAGACAUCCAAAUUCAAAGAGACGGGCGUCUUGACCCCCGAGGAAUUCAUUCUCGCCGGCGACUACCUUGUCUUCAAGUGCCCCACUUGGGCCUGGGCCUCGGGCCACCCCUCCAAGCGACGAGACUACCUGCCUGCCGACAAGCAGUACCUCAUCACCCGGAACGUCCCUUGCCUCCGUCGGGUCAAGGCGAUCGAGUAUUCGCAGGCCGACAUUGAUCAGGAGACCCUGGUCCGGCUCGGCGACAGCGAAGCCGUCGACGAAGACGAUGUUUGGGUGCAGACCCACAGCGACCUGGUCCGCGAGCAUCCCGAAGACAUCAAGGACAUUGAUGGCGACGACGAGGGCAAUGCUCACAACGCCGCCGAUUCUGCUGCCGUGCGAUCGCUUGGACACCACGUCGCGGGCUUGAACAUUGCCAGUGAGCCCACCGAAGAGAUCCAGGACAUUGACGAGAUUCCCGAUAUCGACGAAGAUGCCCUGGAAGGCGGAGUCGACGAGGAGGACGAUCCCGCCGCCGUCCAGCCGGCCCAAGGCACGGCGCAUCCCUCGGAGCUCCAUGGCGGGGCUCUGGACAAUGACAAGGUGCUGAAGACCAGAACCUACGAUCUGUCGAUCACCUACGACAAAUAUUAUCAGACUCCGCGCAUGUGGCUCUUUGGCUACGACGAGAACCGACAGCCCCUUACCUCUCAACAAGUUUUCGAAGACAUCUCCCAGGACCACGCCAAGAAGACGGUCACCUUCGAGGGUCACCCGCACGAGCUCAUUACACUGGCUUCGAUUCACCCCUGCAAGCACGCCAACGUCAUGAAGCGCAUCAUCGACCAGCUCGUCGAGGCCGGCAAGGAAGACGAGCUCCGGGUGGACCAGUACCUGCUGCUCUUCCUCAAGUUCAUGAGCGCAAUCCUCCCGACGAUCGAGUACGACUUUACCACCUCCACCACCUCUGCCUGAACGCCAAUAAACCACUAUGCGACGGCCAGAGCUUCUGCGACCGGUGCUCCUGCAA